AUUUCCGUUGACUGGGGCGCCUCAAACAGCUCUUUUACGCGGCGAGAGACACUGAAGGCGCAGCCUAGCCCACCGCGUGGAAGCCGCCGCUGUUGCAGCUGAUGGUGACGCGCAAAGACCCCUCCCCACCAGUUUUUUUUUCAUGCCCGCCUUCCCGUACGGGGCCGCCUGCCAAUAAGGACGGAAGCGUUUCCAUCUGCCCCCAAAGUCGCUUCGCCAUAGGCCGGUUAGGGAUGUCUGUCUCGGAGCCGCUUUCCCCCGCUUUGGGAACUGACGCAGGGGUGAGGAGGCAAGGCAAGGCAGGGUAGCGGAGUCCAGGCUCCCAGCCGCGCCGAAGCUAGCGAGGAGCAGCGCCAGAGCUGCGAUGCUGCGGUUGCGCCAUCUGUCAGGAGCCUGGGGGGCGGCGGCGGCGGCGAUAGUGGAAGGAGGGGAGGAGACUGACUGAGGCGGCUUUUCCUUAAGACUUGCAUUUGAGAAGAAGAAGAAGAAGAGAAAAAAAAGGGAGGAAACGGGAACCCGAACCCAUCUUCCCCGGACGAGCAACGCGAGGCUGCCCACGCGCCGAACAAAGCUGCGGCCGCCUCCUUCGUCUCAGCGUCCCUCGCUUGCUGAAGCUGGGACUUUUGACGCCCACCCGUUUCCUUCCCUCCGCCGUCUUUCGGUCCUUGCCUUCGUUCAUAGCGAGCUCCGGAGCUGGCGGGAAGUGAGCGAGCGAGGGGACCUGGAGAGCCUUUCACGAGGGACUCCUCUUGCCUCCGCCCUUAGGAUCCUGCAGAGAGAGAGAGAGAGGAGGAAAACGAAGGGGAGGGGGCGUUGGUGAGAAAGGGGCUCUGCAGACCAAGUCCUGCUGUGUUUCAGACUCUGUCCUAAAGGAAGUGCUGAAAAAAUGUGGUGAAUAAAAGCUCGUUGCAUUUUCAGGGGGGAAACUUGUGGCAGAAAGGGAACUGAAGGUGGUUGGAAGAGCAACGUAAAAGCAAAGGAGCAGUGGGUGGAAGCAAAACUCAUUCAAGGCAAGUUCUCCCAGCAAUGCCUCCAUCUCAGUGUCAACCUGUUGCUGAGUCAGGCUAAAGUUGGAUUAAGGAUUUUAGAUAAUGGGCUGUGUGCAAUGUAAGGAUAAAGAAGCAACAAAACUGACCGAUGAGAGGGAUGGUAGUUUAAACCAGAGUUCGGGUUAUCGCUAUGGAACAGAUCCUACCCCUCAGCAUUAUCCAAGUUUUGGUGUGACUUCAAUUCCAAACUACAACAAUUUCCCCACAGCUGGGGGACAAGGAUUGACGGUCUUUGGUGGUGUCAAUUCUUCAUCACAUACUGGUACAUUGCGUACAAGAGGAGGAACAGGUGUAACUCUUUUUGUAGCUCUAUAUGAUUAUGAAGCAAGAACAGAAGAUGAUUUAAGUUUUCAUAAAGGAGAAAAAUUCCAGAUACUUAACAAUUCGGAAGGAGAUUGGUGGGAAGCCCGAUCCUUAACUACCGGAGAAACUGGUUAUAUUCCCAGUAAUUAUGUGGCUCCAGUUGACUCCAUCCAAGCAGAAGAAUGGUACUUUGGGAAACUUGGGCGAAAAGAUGCUGAAAGGCAGCUGCUGUCCUUUGGAAAUCCACGAGGAACCUUCUUGAUUCGUGAAAGUGAAACCACCAAAGGUGCCUAUUCAUUGUCUAUUCGUGAUUGGGAUGAUAUGAAAGGUGAUCAUGUCAAGCAUUAUAAAAUCCGCAAGCUUGACAGUGGAGGAUAUUACAUUACAACCAGGGCACAGUUUGAAACUCUUCAACAACUUGUUCAGCAUUAUUCAGAGAGAGCUGCGGGUCUUUGCUGCCGCUUAGUAGUCCCUUGUCAUAAAGGAAUGCCAAGGCUUACUGACCUGUCUGUCAAAACCAAAGAUGUCUGGGAAAUUCCACGAGAAUCACUACAGUUGAUCAAGAGACUGGGAAAUGGGCAGUUUGGGGAAGUAUGGAUGGGUACUUGGAAUGGGAAUACUAAAGUGGCAAUAAAGACAUUGAAGCCUGGCACUAUGUCCCCAGAAUCAUUCCUAGAAGAAGCUCAGAUCAUGAAAAAGCUAAAGCAUGAUAAACUGGUCCAACUUUAUGCAGUGGUGUCAGAAGAACCCAUCUACAUUGUCACCGAAUAUAUGGGUAAAGGAAGCUUGCUUGAUUUCCUAAAAGAUGGUGAAGGAAGAGCUCUGAAAUUGCCAAAUCUGGUAGACAUGGCAGCACAGGUUGCUGCAGGUAUGGCUUAUAUAGAGCGAAUGAAUUACAUACACAGAGAUCUGCGUUCUGCAAACAUCCUGGUGGGGAAUGGUCUAAUAUGCAAAAUUGCUGAUUUUGGAUUAGCAAGAUUAAUUGAAGACAAUGAAUACACAGCCAGACAAGGUGCAAAAUUUCCUAUCAAGUGGACUGCUCCGGAAGCUGCAUUAUAUGGAAGAUUUACAAUAAAAUCUGAUGUUUGGUCCUUUGGGAUAUUACUAACAGAAUUGGUAACAAAAGGGAGAGUACCGUAUCCAGGUAUGAAUAAUCGUGAAGUCCUAGAACAGGUAGAAAGAGGAUACAGAAUGCCAUGUCCUCAAGAUUGCCCAAUAUCUCUACAUGAGCUCAUGAUCCAUUGCUGGAAAAAAGACCCAGAAGAGCGCCCAACUUUUGAGUACUUACAGGGUUUCCUGGAAGACUACUUUACGGCAACUGAACCCCAGUACCAGCCAGGUGAUAACCUGUAAUUUGGGGUGGGCUGCGCGAACCAGUUACCAGGUGUUCCACUUGCAAUUGAAUGGUUCAAGGCUGUAUCUUAGAGCACCAAAUAUACUGAAGCCAGAAGAUGAGAACUUCUAAAACUAUGUGUCCUAAAAUUCUGAAUAUCUUCUCCGAACAGAAAGGUGAACACGUGGGGGGUUUUUUUCUUAAUCAAAGACUUUGAAACUGCAUUGUUUUAAUGUUAUGUAAACUGCAAAAUCUUUGUUCACUGUAAAUAGUAAUUCAGUGCCAAUAAUUUAUCCUAGUGCUUUCCUUUUUUAAAAAAAAUGCAGAAUUAUGUGAUUUUAACUAGUUUUCUCCUGAUUCAACUAAAGUAUUAUUUUCCAGAAGUGGCCUCUUUUUGUCUACAUUUUUUCAUGUUCUAACAAAAUAAAAUCAGGACCAGUGUUUGGGGGUUUGGUUUUGUUUCUUUUAUAUAUAGAAAUAUGUAAAAUAUAUACAUACCUGUAUAUAUAGUCCACAGGUGCUAUAGCAAAAGGAAAUUCAUUUCAGAAAUGGAUUCCAUAAUGCUGAAGCACCCAGAAAGAUUUCCCUGGGGACAUUGAACACUGGUGAUGAUUCUAAAACCGGUGACUGAAUAUUUGGCUUUUGCCCAGCAUGACUUUUUAAAUUGGAUUGCACUUUUUGGUUUUACUAUAUACCCGUAGGUUGUUGUAAGUUUUGAUCUUUCAAAACUCAUGUACAACAUUUCAACAACAUUUGCCAAGUGUGUCGUUUGAUUUUGGGAUCAGAAUUAAAGCAGACUUAAUUAAUGAAAAGUACCCCUGCCUGGACCGGAAGGUUGAAACUGCAAGUGCUUUUGUGUAUCAAAAUAUGUAAACUGAAUUUUCUGAUUUUUUUAAAAAAAUAAUAAACAUUGUAACCCCAUGCAAUAGUGUCAACCUCAUAGCCUUUUAGUCAUAUCGAGAUGCUUUUUCAUUCAUCAAACUCAGCUAGAAUAUCUUUUCUGUGUACCAUUUUCCAUCAUUAUAUAGGUGUUUUAAAUGUCCUGUACUGCUAAUGAAAUUACUUUCAAUAUGUCUGCAAGUGUUUAAGUAGAAUUACUAUGCACUUCUUUUCUGGGAAAUGAGAGCAGUGGGAUGCACAAAAAUAUUACUUCUUCAGUUGUCUCUAUCAACCUUGAAUUCUUUCCUUCUUUCUUUCUAACCAAAAAGAAACAAAAGCCCCAGUCCUUUCUACUUCUCUAAGUUUUUU